AUGUCUUCGACGGAGGGCUCGAGUCGCGCGGCGGACAAGUCACCGCGCCAGCAGGUAGACCGCCUGCUUGUGGGGUUGCGCUGGAGGCGGCUGGAGGAGCCGCUGGGCUUCAUCAAAGUUCUCCAGUGGCUCUUUGCUAUUUUCGCCUUCGGGUCCUGCGGCUCCUACAGCGGGGAGACAGGAGCAACAGUUCGCUGCAACAACGAAGCCAAGGAUGUGAGCUCCAUCAUUGUUUUGUUCGGCUAUCCCUUCAGGUUGAACCGGGUCCAGUAUGAGAUGCCCCUCUGUGAUGAUGACUCCACCUCCAAGACCAUGCAUCUGAUGGGGGAUUUCUCUGCUCCCGCCGAGUUCUUUGUGACCCUGGGCAUCUUUUCCUUCUUCUAUACCAUGGCUGCGCUAGUCGUCUACCUGCGCUUCCACAACCUCUACACAGAGAACAAGCGCUUUCCACUGGUGGACUUCUGUGUGACUGUCUCCUUCACUUUCUUCUGGCUGGUAGCCGCAGCUGCCUGGGGCAAAGGCUUGACGGACAUCAAGGGGGCCACACGGCCAUCCAGCCUGACCGCAGCCAUGUCUGUGUGCCAUGGAGAGGAAGCAGUGUGCAGCGCUGGGGCCACACCCUCCAUGGGACUGGCCAACAUCUCUGUGCUCUUCGGCUUUAUCAACUUCUUCCUGUGGGCCGGGAACUGUUGGUUUGUGUUCAAGGAGACCCCGUGGCAUGGGCAGGGCCAGGACCAGGACCAGGGCCAGGGCCCCAGCCAGGAGAGCGCAGCUGAGCAGGGAGCGGUGGAGAAGCAGUAA